AUAAGAGCGUAGUUACUUGAAGAAUAUUAUUGUGAGCACAUUAGAUUUCUAUUCAUUGUAGAAACGGCCAAUUGAAAGGGAAGACUACCAUUCUUUAUUUACUGGCUGUUGUGAUUCAUAUUGUAUCAAGGCCCAAUGCAUCACUAUUCGAUAGUCUAAUUUGAUUGUUAAGAAACUGAAGAGAUGUUCAGUCUGUGAUUGGGAUAGUAGGGCAGUUAACCGUAGUAUUUUUCUGUAAAUUUCAGGUUGUUGAAGCAGACAAAAACAAUAGGAUAAGAUGACAUUGCCAAAAGUAAAAGAUGUUGAGAAGGAGGGACAGUAUGGAUACGUAUUCGCUGUAUCCGGUCCUGUGGUUACGGCAGAAAAGAUGUCAGGAUCGGCUAUGUACGAGCUGGUGAGAGUCGGCCAUUAUGAACUGGUCGGAGAAAUCAUUCGUCUUGAAGGCGACAUGGCUACCAUCCAGGUAUACGAAGAAACAUCAGGUGUGACAGUGGGUGAUCCAGUGCUGAGAACUGGCAAGCCGUUGUCCGUGGAACUUGGACCUGGUAUCAUGGGCAGCAUUUUUGACGGUAUCCAGAGACCUCUGAAGGACAUCAAUGAGCUGUCAAACAGCAUCUACAUCCCCAAGGGAGUCAACGUGCCUGCUCUAAGCAGAACCACUGCCUGGGAAUUCCAUCCAUUGAACAUCAAAGUCGGCAGCCAUAUUACCGGAGGAGACGAAUAUGCCAUUGUACACGAGAACACCCUUGUCAAACACAAACUCAUUCUGCCACCACGAUCCAAGGGAACCGUCAAAUAUCUUGCCCCUCCUGGCAACUACACUGUUGAUGACAUUGUGUUGGAAACUGAAUUCGAUGGCGAGAGAUCAAAGUUCACGAUGUUGCAAGUGUGGCCCGUGCGUCAGCCGAGACCUGUCACUGAGAAGCUGCCAGCCAACUAUCCGCUCUUGACAGGACAGCGUGUGCUCGAUUCAUUGUUCCCUUGUGUGCAGGGAGGUACGACCGCCAUCCCUGGUGCUUUCGGUUGCGGCAAAACUGUCAUCUCACAAGCUCUGUCCAAGUACUCCAACUCUGAUGUCAUUGUCUACGUCGGUUGCGGAGAGAGAGGAAACGAAAUGUCUGAGGUACUGCGAGAUUUCCCCGAGCUGACCGUUGAAAUCGACGGCGUGACAGAAUCGAUCAUGAAGCGUACAGCAUUGGUCGCCAACACAUCUAACAUGCCUGUCGCCGCUCGUGAGGCUUCCAUCUACACUGGUAUUACGCUGUCUGAAUAUUUCCGUGACAUGGGUUACAACGUAUCGAUGAUGGCUGACUCGACUUCUCGUUGGGCCGAAGCUCUUCGAGAAAUCUCCGGUCGUUUGGCUGAGAUGCCUGCCGACAGUGGCUACCCGGCCUACCUGGGCGCCCGUUUGGCGUCGUUCUACGAGCGUGCCGGCCGCGUGAAGUGCCUGGGCAACCCGGACAGAGAGGGCUCCGUGAGCAUCGUGGGCGCUGUGUCGCCGCCUGGUGGUGACUUCUCCGACCCCGUUACAUCCGCCACCCUCGGUAUUGUCCAGGUCUUCUGGGGUCUCGACAAGAAGCUCGCCCAGCGCAAACACUUUCCCAGUAUCAACUGGCUCAUCUCUUACAGUAAAUACAUGCGAGCCCUGGAUGACUUCUACGACAAGAACUACGCCGAGUUUGUGCCGCUGAGGACGAAGGUGAAGGAGAUCCUGCAGGAGGAGGAGGACUUGUCGGAGAUCGUGCAGUUGGUGGGCAAGGCGUCGCUGGCCGAGUCCGACAAGAUUACCCUCGAGGUGGCCAAGGUGCUCAAGGACGACUUCCUACAACAGAACAGCUACUCGGCCUACGACAGAUUCUGUCCGUUCUACAAGACAGUGGGCAUGCUGAAGAACAUGAUUGCGUUCUACGACAUGGCCCGACACGCGGUCGAGUCGACGGCGCAGAGCGAAAACAAAAUCACGUGGAGCGUCAUCAAGGACUCCAUGGGCAACAUCCUCUAUCAGCUCUCCUCCAUGAAAUUCAAGGACCCACAGAAGGAGGGAGAAACCAAGCUGAAGGCAGACUUCGAACAACUCCACGAAGACAUCCAGCAAGCAUUCAGAAACCUCGAGGACUAAACCCCAUCUUAACCUUGAAUUAAGGUUUCCCAACCUUUUUCGUUUCAAAUCUAUACUUUGAACAGUUCUCAAAUUUUUUAUCAUUUUUUUAAUCAGUGGUUGUUAUCAUAUAAUGAUUAUUGUAUUGAAUAUUUGCUCCCACCUCCUUUCAAACCACACUCAUACAUACUCAUUCGAUGUCACACAUUAUUAUCAUCAUUGUAUAGUAGAGAGAUAUACAUACAUUUUCAUUAAUUUCAUUUCGUUGUAGCAAUCAUUAUCAUUGUUAUAAGAUUAUAGGUCUAAAUCUUCUUCUAAGUAAGGAGCACAUGAAUUGUGUCAUUCCUGUUGAUUGGUAAAUUUUUACGAUCAUUAAACCAUAAUUACUACUACACACAUAUGCCUUGUAUGUUAACAGGUAGUGUAUUUCAUGGUGGUGGGAAUAAUUAGUUAUCUGGAGAAAUAUUAGUGAAGAAGCUAGUAUUCUUUGAUAGAUAUAAUAUAUUAUAUAUAAUACUUAAUAGUCCAAACUCGUUUAAUGUGGAGAACAAUAUCAAUUCACAGAUCAAAUAAUAAAAUUAUUAGUUACUCAUUGUAUCGAAUACAAUUUAAAAUCUAUUUUAUUCACAAUAUUUUAUUCAAUCACAACAUCACAGAUAUUGAAAUUGAAAUAUUAAUAUUUUAGACUGAUAAUUUGUUGUCAAAGACAAGUGGAAGUUUUAACGGCCUAGCAGGCUUCUAUAUCUUUACCAUUCCAACUGAAAAACGGUUAUGGUUGAACAUAAUCUAGGUUCUAGUUAGUCUAUUAUAUUGCUAUCGGAGUUUUGAAAAUUCGUUGUCAUUACAAUGAAAACUAUUACUAUUUUGAAAAAUACUUGUAGUAAGUUAUUUAAUUAUUUGGAAGUUAUGAAGUGAGCACAAUAAUAAUUAUACUUCUAGUGUGAAUUGAGAAAUUGAUCUAGUAAUACUCAUAAAUAUAUCUAGAGACCCUGUUGCUAAGUCAGUGUUUCCCUUAUCCCAUAAAUUGUAUAAUAGAAUUCACCCCAAAUACUUCAUUCAACCCUCAAGCUUUAUAUAGUUGUUUUUAAAUUGCUGCAAUGAUCACAUCACAUAAUAUUAGCAUACUGUUUUACUAUGAAUUCUGAUGAGAUUAUUUCAACCCAGUAUUAUAAUUUAUUCCUCAUAUUUUGAAGAUACUUACUGGCGUAAGUACUAUAAAUUUUUUCGUUGGAAGAAUUCGAAAUGAUUGUGUUCUAGGUGUAUAGUUUAAAUUUUCUACAGAAUCAUUUUCGGUGUUGCUAUUGUGAUAAAUUGAUAAUAAUUAUAACUUAACUUAUAUGAAGCGAAUCCAAUACUAUAGUUCUUUUUUGUUGUUUUAUUUUUAUAUAAUUUUUAAUAAUUUGUUCUCUCCAAUAAUCACAGACUAACAUAAUUAUAAAUGAACCACCUACAGACAUUCCUUGUAGAUAUCUUUUCUAUGACUGAAAGCCUCAAUUCGAGUUUGGUUUGGAAGAAUUGGGUCUUUCUGUAAUAAUAUUUUAAUUAUGUUUGAGGACAAUAUUCCUUCAAAUUUUAUAUCAAAAAUUUAAUAAACUUGUGUAUUAUAAAUAAUUAAUGAUAAUUGUUACCAUAAGUUAGUAGAUAUUCAGGAGAAUGGUUCUCAAAGUAGAGGCUUGUAUUGAAAUUUUCCAUUACAGCUUAUCAGAUUAUUAUCUCUAACUUUGCAAUCAACAAUAUUUCAAUCACUCCUAUGAAUAUUGAAUAUUAUGCUUCAUUAUCAUAACAAUUUAAUGAAAGUUUUUCAGUUUGCUGUGCAAUUUUGUUGAAUUUUAACCAUAUUAUUAAUUUAUUUGGAUUUUAAAAUCAAUUUCCUAAUGGUUUUAAUAUUAUUUAUCAUAGAAGCUGCAUUUUUUUAAACUUCCCAAGCUUUCAAGUUUUAAUAAUAAUUUAUUGAUGAAGGCAGCUACUUUAUAAUGCCUUGCUGUCCAGCGUAUUUCUUAAUAGCUUAUCUGUCUCAGUGUCAUUAAAAUGUUGGCUUAGUACUCUUUAUGGUGGAUUGUUCAGGAGUAUAAUAUAUAUAUAUAUAUAUUAUAAGAACUUCAGACACUCAGAUUAAGGUCUGUUGUGAUUUUUAAAAAUUCGAGGAAAGUUUGCUAAGUAUUUGUGGUGUCAUAUGUGUUUUCACUGUGUAAAUUCAAUAAUAUAUUAACAAUUCUUAGUGUUAGAUAAAUUGUUGCUAGAUUUUAGAAAUUUAUUUUGGGUUCACAAUAAGUAAUAUAUAAUGAGCUAUACAUAAAAUUAUUAUAAAUUAUAUUUAUAUAAAGGUAUAUAUGUGUUAUUAUAAUAUAUAUACACUUACUGUUCAUGUGUACAGAAGAGAUGCACAUCUUAAUCUUAACUGAAAAGUAUCAACAUUCCUUUCUUGAAAAUUUUUGAUUAGAAUUUGUUAAUUUUUGUGAUUGAAUUGUUGAAAUGAAUUGAACAUAAACAGAGGUAAGUGAUGUAAAUUCGUAGUAAGAAUAAAGUAUGUAGCUGUUA